AUGUCUUCUGGAAUGUUGAUGUUUCUUCUGGCGGUAACUAGUCUCCUUCUCUCGGUCUUUUUAUCGCCUGUAAAGAUGAUGAUGAUUCUUCCAUAUGCUGUUUAUCACUCUAUAGUGAUAAUAACUGUUCUCGGGUCAUCAUUGAUCGAACUAUGGGAACCCCGCUCUGUUUUCGCCGCUUGCUUACUUGGCCCCGAAAGACCCUUUUCUCUUUCUCAUCGAGCUUGUAUCUUUCAUGUAUUUGUUAUAAGGCGCAUUUAUUUAAUAUAUUCUCUUCCCAAGGAGCAAUCAAUUCUUUCCUUGUUCAUUCAUUCUUUGAUCAUGCUUUCAUAUUUUCUUUCUUUUUCUUUCUUUCUUUCUUUCUUUCUUUGCUUAAUACUUUAUUACGUUCUUUUAUUUCUUAGUGUCAACUCUCUUUCAUUCUUUCCUUUUUUUCUUUCUUUGCUUUGUGCUUUCCGACAGCUUCCAUCUUUUCUUUCUUUAUUUGCGCAGUGCUUUGACACAUUCUUUUAUUUUCUAGUGCUUUCUUUCUUACUAUCUUUCUUUGUUCAGUGCUUUCAUAGUUUCUUUUAUUUCUUAGUGCUCACAAUUUUUCUUUCUGUCUUUCUUUCUAUCUUUCAUGGCUUAGCGCUUUCCCUCUUUCUCUUAUACGCUUUCAUACGUUCUUUUAUUUCUUUGUGCGUUCAAAAUUUCAUUCGUUGCUCAGAGCUUUCAUACUUUCAGUUCUUACUUCUUUCUUUCUUUAUUUGCUUAGUCCUUUCAAACUUUCUUUUAUUUUUUAGUGCUUUCUUUCUUUCCUACUGCUUUCACAUAUUCUCUUAUUUUUUCGGUUCUUUCUUUCUUUCUUUAUGCUUUCAAACUUUCUUUUAUUUUUUAGUGCUUUCUUUCCUUCUUUCUUUUCUUACACUUUCAUAUUUCCACUUAUUUCUUAAUGCUUUCUUUCUUUCUUUGCUUUCACACUUUCUUUUAUUUCUUAGUGCUUUCUUACUUUUUCUUUUUCUAUUUCUUAAUUCUUUCUUUCUUUCUUUUUGCUUUUACUUAGGAGUUUCAUAUUUAUUUUUAUUUCUUAGAGCUUCCUUUCUUUCAUUCUUUAUUUGCGUAAUGCGAUGA